AUGGAUGGACACUUCGUCCCGAACAUCACAUUUGGCGCUCCCGUAGUCACGAAGAUCCGGCCACAUGUUGACCGCCCGAAUGCUCCGAAAGGGAAGGGCACUUUCGACUGCCAUAUGAUGAUUGCUGAGCCCAAAAGAUGGGUUAAGGAAUUCCAGAAAGCGGGAUGCGACCUUUACUGCUUCCACUAUGAAGCCGCCAUCACAUCUACAGCCGCUGAAAGUCCAACAGACCAGGUCGAGGCAAAGACUAGUCCAAAAGAGAUGGUAAGGUUCAUACACGAGCAAGGCAUGCUGGCCGGAAUCGCAAUCAAGCCGGAUACGUCGGUGGACGUGCUCUGGGAAAUCUUGGGAAGUCAGACCAAAGAGGAAGUGCCGGACAUGGUGCUCAUUAUGACAGUCUACCCUGGAUUUGGCGGUCAGAAAUUCAUGGCGUCGGAGCUACCAAAGGUCAAGGCGCUUCGAGAAAGAUAUCCCGAACUCUACAUUGAGGUUGAUGGUGGACUUGGAGAAGGCACGAUCGACCAAGCUGCUGAAGCUGGAGCCAACGUGAUCGUGGCCGGUUCAGCUGUCUUCGGAGCAAAAGACCCGGCGGGUGUAAUACAAGUGCUACGAGAUAGCAUUGACAAAAGGAGGUAG